CGGCUCUGCCUGGCGCCGGGCAGGAAGGGAGGCGGCUGUGGUGCCAUUCUUAAAGGGACCCGAGGGAAGGCGAAAGGCUGCUGACGGCCGGAAGGAAAAUGAGUGAGUCUUUGGUGGUUUGUGAUGUUGCUGAAGAUUUAGUGGAAAAGCUGAGAAAGUUUCGUUUUCGCAAAGAGACGAACAAUGCUGCCAUUAUAAUGAAAAUUGAUAAGGAUAAACGCCUGGUGGUGCUGGAUGAAGAGCUUGAGGGCAUUUCACCAGAUGAACUUAAAGAUGAACUACCUGAACGACAACCUCGCUUCAUUGUAUAUAGUUAUAAGUAUCAACAUGAUGAUGGAAGAGUUUCAUACCCUCUGUGCUUUAUUUUCUCUAGUCCUGUUGGAUGUAAGCCUGAACAACAGAUGAUGUAUGCUGGGAGUAAGAAUAAGCUAGUCCAAACAGCUGAACUCACCAAGGUAUUUGAAAUAAGAAAUACCGAAGACCUAACUGAAGAAUGGUUACGUGAGAAACUUGGAUUUUUCCACUAAUGUGAACUUCUGUGUUUCUAAAGUAUUUAUGUUUUAACCUGACCAUACUGGAACCAGACAUAAAUACUUAUUUAUGCCUAAAGAUGCACUGGUAUUUACAGUUUGUUACCUGCAGUAAAGAAAAAUUCUUCAUUGUUCAAAGUUUGAACAAAGAGGAAAUCAUCUUUAUAGUAAUGAAACUUUGUAAAGUGUUUCCUUAUAUUUGUAAUUGUUAGGUGGACUACUUCUCUCCAGGGACUUUUUGCACUCUUGUGACUAAUUUCUACAACUUAUGGUUCAGAAUUUGUUACUAUUUACAGACACCAUUGGAAAGUGGGUAUUAGAUUGUGAUAGACAACAGUUGCCUCCUUUUGACAAAUACUGGAUAUUAGCAGUUUAUAUAUGAAAAUAGCAUAUUAUCACUUGUCAAACCUUUGAAAUCAAUUUGGGAUAAAAGACUUGAGUGACCCAGUUUUGAGCCAUGAAUAACAACUUACUAUAGUAUAAUCUGCAUUACAAGCAUUUUUUUCAUCAAUUCCAUGCCUUCUUAAUUUUCUAUAUCCUUUUAAUCAAGUCCAGAAACUUUUCAUCAAUUGCUUGUUCUUAAGGUCUGGAAGUUAGAUUUUAUAAUAAAGUUAUGACUAUUAGGUUCUCUUCUUAUGGAAAAUAGCAUUUUAGUCUUAGAAAUUGAUGGAUUGUAACUAAUUAAGGGCCUCAUUCCUGGUUGUGUCAUUUCUAGAUAGUUUUGAAUCUCCGUUAAUAACACUUUAUUUAUAAAGCACCUCUUAAUGUUGUCCUGUGAGUGCUAGUUAUUUUACAUGUGUUAAUACUGUGCCUUUGAUUUGUUAGCUUUAAAUUUAGUUUAAGACUUUUACACUGCCAGUAUUCCAGAUUUGGUGAAAUUAAUACUUUUGUAAAGGGUCCAAGUAAAACAAUUUUCUAAUAUGUGUAUCUGAAAUUUGGAAUAAAAUCAACUUGAUAUUUUAAAAAUUCCAACUAUCUACUUGCAUUGGUGAAUAUAUGGCAGUUGAGUUAUAAUUUGGGGCAUAUUUGUGAUUAGUUUUGUGCCAUAGGAAAAAAAAAGGUUAUCUUAAAACCUUGGCCAUAGUUAAUAACAUUAACACAUCAAUAGAAAUCUCAUCUUUACAUCCUAAAUGUCAGAAGAUAUUCUACACUGGACACCUUCUUGUUAGAUAAUGGCAUCCUUGGCAUUAUUAAAGCAAGUAUUCUGAUAUAUAAUGUACUUUAAAAACAUAUGAGUAACUGUUUAAGAUUAUCUUGACAUUAAUUUGACAAAAGGUCUUGAGACUCUAAAGACUACCCAGAUUUGGUGAGUGAAUUCUUUUAUUAAGAAUAUCUUAAUCGUUUCAAAACUAGCAAAGGCUUUUUUUUUAAUGUUGGCGUAUCUCCCAUUCAUAUGUGCUUUGCAUUUUUUUAAGGUUUCUGUGCCAACUUUAAUAAAGAGGUGAAGAUAGUUGGAAUUUUCACAAUAUUGAAUCUUCUAUUCCAACACUGUUUGGCUUCACUAAUCUAAAAAACAGGAAGCAAUAGGAAGUUAGUUGGAGAUGAGGAAGUGCUAGAGGGGGUAUUUGUUUUGGUUAAUGAAUGGGAAGGGUUCUUUAUUCCAGUUUCCAGAGAGAGAGAACUUCACCCAGGAUGUUUAAGAAUUCUUUAAACAGCUAUUUUGAUAUUGGAGAAUAAUGCUUAUAAUUCUGCAGAAAUGCAAAUGUAAUCCAAAUGACUGGACACUUAUUCUAAUGUUUUUGAAUGAAGGAAAUGAGAUUUUGUUUCAUCAGGUUCGCAGCAAUAAGAGAAUCUAGGGCUGCAAGAAUGUAUUUUUUAGUGAGGUUCCUUAUUUUGUCUUGCAUGUUUUAGGUGUUUUUUUGUUUUUUUUGUUUUUUAAUUUAAUUGGAAGGUCCUCCAUAAUGUCAGAUAAUAUUGACCUCCAUACACAGAACUCUUAGGUCCCCUGUUCUCUAACAGGGACAAAGAGCUGUGGUAAACCAUGCUUUUUUGAGCUUGUCUGACUCCUUAUGGAUAACAUGUAUUUUUGUAAGACAAUGGAUGAGGUUAGGGGAUCAGUAGAACAUUUUUUUCACUUCCUUGGUCCUAUAGGGAGAGUUAUAGAUUCCUUGUCCUAGAGUGUUCUCUGUUUUUUAUAUAUAUUUCCCUUUCAUCUAACCAAAUUUUGCAUUGUUCUUUUUAAGUAUAUUUCCUAUUCAAUCUCUUUUUCUGCCUUCUCCCUAAUAGUAACUCCAGAUUUUAUAAUUCCAGUUUUUACAUUCCAUUUCUGGCACAGCCAUUCCCAUUCAGCAUUCAAACUUCAUCUUUCCUUUUUGGCAGCAGCUUUUUUCCUGGGAACCUCCUUCAUGGUCUUCUAAGUCACCAUUAGUUUUGAAAUUGUUGGCCUUGUAUAAGUUCUGCAUAGCAUCUAAUGUCAAAAUUGAACUGACUCGUAAUCACAGCAUGUUUUUUAGUAUGGUUUUUGUGGCAACAUAAAUGACAUAUGAAGAAAACUGUUCUCAGGUGACUAUGCUGAAAUUCCAAAAUGUCAAAGAGUUUUGAAUAGUAUUCACUUUGUUCUGGUAUUGAAGCAAUUAUGUUAGGAAAAAAGUUGUUUGGCUGUUUUUGUUUAAUUGACUUCUAAAAUAAAUGUUCAAAUUGUCUAUUUCUAAAAAGUUUACUAAAUGCCUAGUGCAGUUGAACAUACUCUUGUUUAAGAGGGUGUUGCUGAAUUUUGUAUUGUCAUUACUAAAUGAUCUUCGUA